AUGGCGGGUGGACGGAAACAACUUCGUGCUGCCUCAACAGGUUUAAAAUGGCAAACUUUUCAUACUAUCAAAUCUCAUACAGCUGGUAGAAAGCCUCUUCCAGGUCCUGUUACUUUGAUGCAACUUGGAAUUACGUUAUUAAUGCAUGUUUGUCGGAAGAUUGUCCUGUUAAAACCAGAAAGGAAAAUAUGUAUAUAUACGGGUGUUGUAUUUUUUGCAUCUUUGAUAUGUGAUUUCCUCCCUUUUCCGAGAUCCUAUUUUUCACGACAAGAUAAUUUUAUGAACCAGUAUUUUAUCAAGCUUGGAUGGGGUUGGACACUUUUGGUAGUUGCCGUUUUUGUAUAUUUUACCAGUAGGAUAUACUGUUGUAAUGAUUUAGUACUCAUCCGUAAACACAUGAGUCGACUAUUGGUCGGAACUUUAGUGUGGUUUUGUUUCACAACUCUCUUUGAAUACAUUGAAAUAUGGACUGCAGAAUGUCAAGUAAGAGGUCAAGGAAAGAAAUAUAAAACAAAAGAUUUAUGUAAGGAAAAUGGGCAUAAAUGGAUGGGAUUUGAUAUUUCGGGGGACACAUUUCUUUUGAUUUACUGUUGCUUGAUUAUAAUGGAAGAAGGAAAGUGUAUUAAAGGGUGGGAACGGAUUGGAGAAUUAAUUAUAAGAAAUGAUGAGUUUGAAGAUGAGAGUCCACUGAAAACACUGUCGGAAGAACAGAUGUCUGAACUGAAAAAGUCUUAUGAGCAGUAUACACAGUAUGUGCGGUUGACUUUUGUUUUGAUGACCGUUUUAUUACUUUUGUGGGAUGUUAUGCUAAUGGCCACUACUCUUUACUUUCACAACAUGGUUCAGAAAUUAGUUGGGAACGUGUUUGCAGUUGGUGUAUGGUUUGCUACUUAUCGCUUGUGGUAUCAAGUAAAGCUAUCACCUGGCCUUCCUGGAGUUGGUUUAUUUAAUUACCUUGACUUACAGAACUAAACAAGUUAUGUAAAAGCCUACUUUUAUGCAAGUACAGUGAGAAAAAUAAAUUCGUUGUAAGUUUGUUGCACAUAUUCACUCAUCAAUAAUUUAUUGUAAUUUUAAUUUUUAGAAAGGUUUAAACAUAUAAAGUGGUAAGUAUGAUGAAAUACAAUUUUUUUAGUUUUUAAAUAUUGAAGCAAAUAUAAAAGAUAAGUCACAUUAUGAUAAACCAGCCAAACAUUAUAUAUAUAUAUAUAUAUCUCAGAUAUGAAUUAACUGCAACUUAUCUUAAUUGUCUUAAAAGUAAUGUCAUAAUGAUUAAGUGCAAACAUAACAUUCUGCCAUAAAAUUAUAUUUAAAAUUUCACACUACACAUGCCUAUGCUUGUCUACCUCAUUAAUUUUUUCCUUUUGUUUAUGCUAAGAGUUAUAAACUUGUGAGGUAAAAAAGUUUUAUAACCUGAAAACUCAACAUGCAUUAUGUCAUAAAACCAAAGAGAAUGAAAAUUACAAUAUUUUCUCAAAACACCACUCGGUUUUUAAACCUAGCAUAAAUCUAAAAAAAAUCAGUACAAGUGUUAAAAAAAAAGCAGUAAUAUAAUUUCUAUCAUCAUAAUUUUUCUAGAGUUAAUACACUGCACGGUGUUAUAAUCUAUCAUUAUCAGUGUAUUUUAUCUCCACUGUGGAAAUGUGUUUAUUACUACAAUUUCAAGAUACAGCUUAUAAAACCAAACGUGGCAUAUUUUAUCAAUUCAAUGCUCAUACUGUUGAUAUGUGAUUGGCUAUCAACUGUAUUAUGCUACGUAGGGUGUGUAACUUGAAGGUUUAUUAGCACAUAUACGUGGUUACACUUGGAGCUGUGCCAAACGUGUGUGAUGAAAAGAACACACAUUUAAAUGAUUGACAUAAUGUAAAAAGUUACACGUUAAAAUGUUGAAUUUCAAAUAGUACAUUUACAUGAUUAUUUAUCAGUUUUCAUUUGUAUAAAAAGUAACGUUUCAUGUAGAAAAGUGGAAUUUGUAUAAGUUUUAUGAAUCACAAAAGAUCUUGACAAAAUAAUGUGAUUUAUUUUGAUUCUAAAGCAAAGAAUUUGAUUAUACUACAUCAAAGUAUAGACACGUCAACAAAAUGAGGUAAAUCUCCUGUCGGUUUACUUUCAUUUACAAUAUUGGUUAGAAUGUUUAAUAUCCAUUUGUAAUACGUUGAGUAUAUAAAUUAUUUUUCAUUGUUAAUUUGGUAUAUGGAUUUAGAACCAUCUUAAAUUUCCUGAGACAGUUGAACCUCAUGAAAUUAUUGGUAUAUUUUUACCAAAAGUAUCACUGAUAUCAAGGAUACUCAAUGGAUGAAAUAAUGCAUUCUAAGUGUUUUAAGUAAGAACAUAAGAAUGGUAUACUUAAUUAGAUAUAUUUUAUUAUUGAUUCUUGUAUGUAACUUAAUCCAAUCAGAAGUAAAUGUUAAUAAAAAUACUCAUUGUAAGUUAUCAACAUUGAUAUUUGAGAAUGUAACAACCAGAUAUCACAUUACAAAGAUAUUUAUCAUGGGGUAGACCUUAUAAUUUUCCAUUGCAUUUCACAAUGCCUUUUUUGUGACUUGAAGAACAGGAAAACAAAAUUAAUUUGACAGUUUCAAGUUUCACCUACUCACUAAAAACUAGUAAAAGCUUCAAAUUCAUAAAAGUUGACCAUUCUUCUAAUGAGAGCUAAAAAAAACAUUCAAGUUUUAAAAAAGAUGGUACAUAGUUAUUUUGCCAAAUAAAUAACCAGACAUACUUAUAUUUAUUUAUGUUAGCACCAUUAGAUGGUGUGUUUUAUUUAUUAAAGGCUGUGAGCCAAAUGCACAUUUACUGUUUUGUUUUUAAUGUAAAAUUGAAGUUUCCUGGAUUAUCGACAGUUACUGAUGAAUAAUGGUUUUUGUUACUUCAAUAAAGUAACAAUUUUAAAGUAUUUAUAACAGAAUGAAGUUAUCAAAUAUUUAAUGAAAUACUACAUUAAUUACUCUAUAAUUAUACUGUGAUUAAUCAAUUAUAAUUGUGGGUUUAUGAAUCUGGACAAAUCCAAAAAUAAUGAUAAGUUAAAAAAAUUGAAAAUCAAAAAUGAUCUACUUUGAAUUCAAUGAAAAAUUAAAUCAUUAAAUGAUUCUUAUUUCUGCCGAUACAUUUAAUUGUAGCACUGAUCAAUUUUUCAUUGAAUUAAGAUAUAAAACUCAAUAAUUUCACUUGUAUAUUUAUCUACAUUUAUAGGUAAUCUUUGAUAUGUGCAGAAUAAAUUUUAUUAAACUGUCUGGCUUACUCAAACAUGAUAUGUAGAUGUGAAACUGGUGUUAACAUUUUGGAAUGUCUUGUAGGGUGUGUUACGGUAUUUCAGAAUUAUUAUGAUUGACAGUUUGAUGGUGUUUAAGCAUAAUAUGAACUUUUUUUCUAAGCUGUUGUUUGAAGUAAACACAGGAUUGUUGUGGUUUAAUAAGGGUUGUAUCCUUUACCAUAUUUACUGUAUCAUAAAAGAGACAGGCAUUGUUUUAUAGAAGGAGUGUGAUUCUCACGGCAUUCAGUCUUCGAGUCUCUGUACUUACUCGUGAGAACCACGUGAAAGUUGAGCUUCAGCAAAGCCAGUCUACUUUAAAAUACCACAGCUGUAACUUGGGUGUUUUUAUGAAUUAUGAGAUUUCACAAUGAUGUGUAAAGAGAUUCAAAUUUUUUAACCUAAGUUUUGUUUGUAUGUCACUUGUUUUGUUCUUUCUUUGCUAAAGAAACUUAAUGGCUAGUUCAUAAUAAAAAAAGGACGCCAUGUUUGUCUGAUUUUGAAAACAUGAUUAAUUGUGCUUCAGAGAGUCUUUCCAAGUCAAGAAUAAGGAUAUUAUGUCGAGUGUAAAUUAACGUCAGACUAAAAAUCAAUAUUGCUUGUACAAACAAACAAAAAACAUUUGGGUAAUCCCUUUUUUUAUUUGUCUACAAAUACACACACGUAUUUUGGUCAACAGUGUAUUAGGGGCUUAAGCAAAUGGAUACAAGGAUGUGCAAAAAAAUAUGAACAAUAUGUAAACACCACGACCAUUAAUCUAUGUUUGUACAUUACCAACUCCCUCUAUCACAUUUAGUAACUGUAUUGAUUUGGCUGGUAUAUCUAACAUUUGAAACUUUAAAAAUACAGGCAACUUUGCACUUUGAUGGGCUAGGUGUUCAAAAUGUGGUGCUCAAUAUUUAUAAAGAAGAAAUCAAAGUAUUAUUUGAUUGUUGUGUAGGUGUUAAGUCCCAUAAACUUUCAGCUGAGCGGGUGUUCACGCAGUCACACAAGUACAAAUUUCCAUCAGUUUCCGAGAUAAAGAACUGUAUGACCGAACAGUCUGGUGAGCAGAAGAAACAACAGAAAACAUAUUUAACCAAUUGUCAGGAUAGCACUGCAGAGCAUGGUGAAAAUGUUUCAAACAAUACAGGGUGAGGUAGUAGAAAAGUUCAUACCAGUGAUAUAGCUGAUAUCAAAACUGAAACUUGAAAGCAACAAAUUAUUAUGACUGAAAUAGUUGUUAUCUUCACCCUUCCUUAAUUUGUUUUGAAUAUACCUUUAGGCAGGUAUGUGCACAAAACUUUUUUGUUAAGCAUUCUAUAUGUAAUGCAACAUUCUUGUGAGUUGGAUGUAGAAAGGUAAUAAAUGUACUAAUUCUUUUACACAGGUAAAGUUUGCAUAUGUCGCUGGCUAGAAUCUCGUAUCGCUUGGCCCUAUAUCUACUCCCAGAGGGAUACCCGAUCACAAGGGUUGGCUCAGAUAUUUGUACAAAUUGGUAUGAGUGAGGGAUUUUCUUUUCUAAAUAUAAUUUGGAAUAGUUGGUGAUAUAUGCAGCAUUGGAUUCUGGUAUACUGCACUUUUAACAUUUUGUCUCAAUUUUGGCAGUAAAUUGGAAUUCAAGUUGUCUGAGACAUGAUUGGAUAAAAGUGAAAAAAAAAAAAAUAGUGAGAGAGACUCCUAUCAAUCAAUCUCAGCAGCCAAUACAAUCAUCAGAGAACAAAGAGGUCGGCCAAUCUAGUAAAUAGACGAUACAUAUAUAAUUGUGAUUAAAGCUUUAUUUGCUUACUUGUGUGUUCUUUCUUUUGCUAUCCAAGUUCAAAAUUAUUCUUUGCAGUAGAUUUCCUGAAUCUCCAUUUACCGGAUACUAUUUCAAACUUAUCUGUCGAACAUAAGUGUACCUGAGAACCACUGAUGAAGAUGGCUGAGAUCCCAUUCUUGGGGGGCAAUAUCUCCAUGACCAAAAGUUUACUUACCUCAUUCUGAUCUAGAAUCGACCUGUGACACUCAAAUGAAAUAGUACAAUCAGUUUUCAAGUCAUUCAAACAUGUAAAAGGAGCCUUUUCUCAUGAAUUGACCAUGAAAAAUAUGUUGUUGUUUUUUUUUUAUACAUUCAAAGCACUUAACGUUUUAAUAUUGGAUUAUUUUCAAUAAUUAUAUUCAUUGGUUUUACUUACUGUUUUAACAUUAUACUCAGGAUUGUUGAGUAAUUUUUGUUUUGUAUUAUACUCCAGUUAUUUAUUGUUUUAACUUAAUUAGAAAACUGAGUUAUUGAAGUAAAACCAUAACUUAAAAUAAUUAUUUAGAUAAUAUAAGAAAGAAGAAAUUUAUUAUUUUAUAAGAGAAAUGGAUAUCUUUGGCAGUUUAAGGAUUGAGAGUUACUUUUUUUUUAAGUUAAAAAAAAUACAUGCCACACCAAACUAAUCAAAGUGUAUUGUUUUAAUUACAUGC